GCGUUGGGGGGGCCGAAGGGGAAGUGCUAUCUUUUCCUCUCCACGCGGUUGAGGACACCGGACGGCCUGCGCGGCGGGUGCUGAGUGAUGCCGGGCAAACUCCGUAGCGACGCCAGUUUGGAAUCAGCCACGGCCAUGGGAAAAGUGGAGAAGACGCGGAAGCAAAAUGAGAAGAAAGAUAAAAAACAGAAGCCAAAAUCUAGUAAAAUUGAAGAAUCAGCAGAAGAAAAGGAAGAAAUGGUUUCCCCUACAGCUAAAAAAGCUAAGAAGAAAGAGACAUCUGAGGUUGACAUGAAUCCUCCUAAGUCCAAAAAGGCGAAAAAGCAAGAGGAACCAUCUCAAGAUGAAGUUGUUUCUCCUAAAGCCAAAAGUAAGAAAAAGGAGAACGCUGAAAAGAAAACUGCUUCUUCCAAAACCAAAAAAGUAAUAAAAAGUGAAGAGCUGUCAGAAGAAGUAGGCGCUCCUAAGCCCAAGAAGAUGAAGAAAGAAAAGGAAGUGAAUGGGGAAAUUGGAGAGAAGAGUCCCAAGAUGAAGAACGGCCUCCCGCACUCCGAGCCUGACUCCAAUGCCGAUGGAGCCGCCAGUGAGGAAAGCAGCAGCGAGGCAGAGAAGGAAAUACCUGUGGAGCAAAAGGAAGGUGCUUUCUCUAAUUUUCCUAUAUCUGAAGAGACUAUUAAGCUUCUCAAAGCCCGGGGGGUGACCUUCCUGUUCCCUGUACAAGCAAAGACGUUUCACCAUGUCUACGGUGGGAGAGACUUGAUUGCACAGGCGCGGACAGGAACUGGGAAGACAUUCUCCUUUGCUAUCCCUUUGAUUGAGAAACUUCAGGGAGAACUGCAAGACAGGAAAAGGGGCCGUCCACCUCAGGUAUUGGUUCUUGCACCUACAAGGGAGCUGGCAAAUCAAGUAAGCAAAGACUUCAGUGAUAUCACAAAAAAACUGGCAGUGGCUUGUUUUUACGGUGGAACUCCGUAUGGAAAUCAAAUUGAACGCAUGCGGAAUGGGAUUGAUAUCCUGGUUGGGACGCCAGGUCGUAUCAAAGACCAUCUAGAGAAUGGCAAGCUCGAUCUCUCCAAACUUAAGCAUGUUGUUCUCGAUGAAGUUGACCAGAUGUUGGAUAUGGGUUUUGCUGAUCAAGUGGAAGACAUUUUAAAAGUGGCAUACAAGAAAGAUUCUGAAGACAAUCCCCAAACAUUGCUUUUUUCUGCAACAUGCCCUCAUUGGGUAUUUAAUGUUGCUAAGAAAUACAUGAAAUCUACAUAUGAACAGGUGGACCUGAUUGGUAAAAAGACUCAGAAAACAGCAAUAACUGUGGAGCAUCUGGCUAUCAAGUGCCACUGGUCUCAGAGGGCAGCAGUUAUUGGAGAUGUGAUCCGAGUGUAUAGUGGUCAUCAAGGGCGCACGAUUGUCUUCUGUGAGACCAAGAAAGAAGCCCAGGAGCUGUCACAGAAUUCGUCUAUAAAACAGGAUGCCCAGUCAUUACAUGGAGACAUUCCACAGAAGCAAAGGGAAAUCACUCUGAAAGGUUUUAGAAAUGGUGAUUUUGGUGUUUUGGUGGCAACCAACGUUGCUGCACGUGGGUUAGACAUCCCUGAGGUUGAUUUGGUUGUACAAAGCUGUCCACCAAAGGAUGUGGAGUCCUACAUUCAUCGUUCUGGGCGGACGGGCAGAGCUGGAAGGACAGGCGUUUGCAUCUGCUUUUAUCAGCACAAGGAGGAAUAUCAGCUAGCACAAGUGGAACAAAAAGCGGGAAUUAAAUUUAAACGAAUAGGUGUUCCUUCAGCCACAGAAAUAAUAAAAGCUUCCAGCAAAGAUGCCAUCAGGCUUUUGGAUUCUGUGCCUCCCACUGCCAUCAGCCACUUCAAGCAGUCUGCUGAGAAGCUCAUCGAGGAGAAGGGAGCCGUGGAAGCCCUGGCAGCGGCGCUGGCCCAUAUCUCAGGGGCCACAUCAGUGGACCAGCGCUCCCUCAUCAACUCAGACGCGGGUUUUGUGACUAUGAUUUUGCGGUGCUCAAUUGAAAUGCCAAACAUCAGUUAUGCCUGGAAAGAACUUAAAGAGCAACUGGGCGAGGAUGUUGAUUCCAAAAUAAAGGGAAUGGUGUUUCUCAAAGGAAAGCUGGGUGUUUGCUUUGAUGUUCCCACUGCAGCAGUCACUGAAAUACAGGAGAAAUGGCAUGAUUCACGGCGCUGGCAGCUGUCUGUGGCCACCGAGCAGCCCGAGCUGGAAGGCCCCCGGGAAGGAUAUGGGAGCUUUAGGGGACAGCGGGACGGAAGCAGGGGCUUCAGGGGACAGCGAGGAGGAAGCAGGGGCUUCCGGGGACAGCGUGAUGGAAGCAGGGGCUUCAGGGGACAGCGAGCAGGAGGUGGCAACAGAAACAAGUCCCAGAACAAAGGCCAGAAGCGCAGCUUCAGUAAAGCAUUUGGUAAUUAAAUAGUGGAGGAACAGAACUGCUCACAGCGUGGGACUGACCUUACUCCUUACACAAGUCAGCGCUCUGUGCUUCCUCUCGACCACGGCCUGGUUCCCAUCUCUUCCACAGGGACAAGCCUCAUGUAAAUUAUUCAUCCGCUCGUUACGGUUUGUGGUGUGCUGCGUCUCGGAUUUUGAAAGAAUAUAAUGAAUUCAGUACAUUUUUAUUUGGAAUCAUUCAGUCUGCCUGUAUUUUGUAAGUUGAGAUGUCUUGAGUGUCUCUCACUCUAGUGUCCCUUCGUUCCCUAAAGUAAGUGCCUAAGGGAGUGCAGCAGUCUCUGAAGGACCACUUAAGCCUGGAAAAGUCAAGGCUUUGUUCUGUAACUGGUAUUCCCCAGCCACCUGCCAGAUAAUUACUGCUGUGGUCCUGUGGCAAGAGUCUUCUGAGAAUUGAUACUGAGCAAUGUUUUGAAAUGAGAUUUCAGACUUGGCUGGGUUAUAACACAGUAUGCUCUAAAUUUGUAGGAUAUAAUCCAUCUACUAGGGAUGAUCUGUGGUUGUAUGCAUUUUGAUGUGUUUUAGCUUCUCGUUACAAGGUGUUUCCUGCUUCAGUGAAUUCUUAGCAGAUACCAUAUAGCCAGUAUCUUUAAACUGCAAAUACAUAAGAUGGCUCCACAGCUUUCUUUGUAUGAAAGGAGGCUGGAUAAAUGGUGUUUAAAUAAUUGUGUACUGCUCUUCUUCCUAUUGGAAGAUUAACAUUAUUUUACAAGAAGAAAUUAAGAAAAGAGAGGGCACAGGUUUGCAUGGCUGAGGAUUAUGUCAAAAAACCCACUGCAGGUAUUCUCCACAUGCUAGGAGGAAACAGAUUCCAAGCUGUGGAGAGCAAAGGGAAGAACAAGUAAAGCCUGUUAGUGGUGGAAAUGUGAGUGGAUUGUUAAUAUUUCUAGAGGUUGACUUAGUGGGCAUGCUGGGUUUAGGGGUAGAAAGAUCUGCUUUACUUUCUCAGUGGCAUAGUUGAGAAAACCACAGAGUAGUACAUAUUUCUGUUCAGCUGCAUCUAGCUGCUUGGAGACUUCCUUUUGAGGCAAACUGAUUAUUUUUAAGGUGUUGAUUUGGAGAAACUGAAGAACUUAAUAUAGCCCCAGACAGAUGACUGAUGCCUGCUUCUCUAGGACGCAUUCUGUACAGGGGACUAAGAGUGCUAUGUGUGGUCGUCUUGCCUUAGCUCUAGAAACUCACCCUGGCAGUCUUGGAACAAACUAUUACAAGAUUAAAACUUCAUGUACUGCUUCAUUUUCAUUCAAUUAGUUUCAGCAACUUGAUAUUGUAGGCCCCAGUUUCUCUCAUUUAAUCUCGUCUCUCGCUGCCUCUGAGUUGGUCACCUUGCAGUCGGGCUCUGGUAGCCAACUCAACUCCAUUGUCCUUGAGACAACAACCUCUUCUCUUUGAGCUUCAGUUCUUUCCUUGAAUCCCGAUGAGACGUUCCUGCCCUCUGUUCAUGGUGUUUAUUCCCUGGCCGUCUUGUCAGUCUCAUCACCUUACUCUUAUUCGUGGCAUUCCAUGAAGCCACGGGGAAUUAGGGCAAGGUGUCGAUGGCCCACAUGUGCCUUGUGGGUUAAAAUUUAUUAGAUUCUGGUUUUGCCCAAAUAUGGGCAUGAUUUAAUAAUAACCAAAACAUUUCAUGAUUUGGGUAGGAAUAGGUACUUAUACAGCAAACAGAUCAAAAACUGUCCUAGAAAAAAAAACCUGGAACUUUGCUGUGGAUUGUGGGUAGCCAGAAGAAAAAUAGGCGUAAAUCAAGACUAUGAGAGAUGAACAUGAGGAUUUUUCGCUUCAUGCAACUUAAUUUUAAGAACGACUAUUUUGAUAAAUUAAGCCAACAUUUUUUCUUGAUCCCAGAAUUCAAACCAUAUUUAUAAAUGUAUAAUUCAGCUACUGUUUAGUUUAAAUGGGCUUGUUGAGCUAGCCUGGACAAUGUUACCAUUUUUUACUGUUUUCUAUAGUAAAAGUAUUUUAAAUUUAUGUAUCAAACAAUUCAGUUCACUUUUAAAUUAUAACCCAUUUUUAGGUUGGCGCUAUGUGCAGCGAUUUCUCUACAG